AUGUCAGAAAACGUGCACGGGAAUAACUACGCACCUAGUGAGGCUAGUUUGGAUGGACAGGACAUGGGAUGGACAAGUGCGCGCGAAGUGCAGUCGGCCGAUGCGAUGUCCGAAGGUCUGGCUGUCUGUGCCCUGGCUGGGUUCUAUGUCAGAGAGCAGUACAGUGUUCCAUGGGCAACAACUAAUGUCCUGGCUGAGCUACAGAUGCAGAUAUUUCCUUUCGUCGAGGAUGCUCUGGCCAAUCUCCACCAGGCACCUAGUAUCAACUAUGGCACCAUCAAUUUCCUCGAGUUGCUACAGCUGCUUCGUGGCUACUUUUGGCGGGUCAUUGCUGCAAUCCACCAGUCAUUCCCAGACUCUGCCCUUCUGAAACGGCUGCAGGUGAUUCAGUCUAGUGAGGCCAAGACAUUCCUUCAGCAAUGGCCAAGGGCCAGGGAAGCUCUUGAGGCCACUGCACAAUCUGACCUCACCAUCAGCAGUUCAUUUGGAGAGGCCCCCACUCAAAGUGCCUUCGUGUCUCUUGCAAACUCUCAGCGCCAGUCAGAUACCACCAUAAACACUGUACUCUCUCAUUGCAACCGGCUUCUUCAAUGGACAGAGCCACUCUCCCCAUUGAAGAACUAUGAUGGAGCCAGGUUCUCACCUGUGGCUGUGUCCAGUGUUGGCUGCGGCAUCAUGCGCACUGGGGGUCCUGAUAUUUGCCCACCAAUGGCAUGA